AUGCCGGAACAGCUCGACGGCACGUUCAACGCCGUCAUCCCUGAAUUCCUCCGGCUCAGCGUCUCGCCUGCCAUCUGUCACUGGAUUUUACGACUUCCUGAUGAGCGGGAACACGCCAAGUGCGAAGCCGGGGGUAAUCACCUCAUCCGCAUGCACCAUCGCGGCGGGGGAGGCGAGGCCAGCGGUCGCAGGCAAGACAAGAGGAUGGUGGCGGAUGCGGCGGUCCUGCUGCUGCUGCUGCUGCUGACCCACUGCUUGUCCCGGGUCCUGUCUCAGAUCCCGGACCCCGAGCUUUUACCCACGGACCCCCCGAAGAAGCCGGACCCCGUAACCUCGGAAACGGUCGUGUUUUGGGGGCUGCGCUUAUGGCAGGUCAUCGGCAUCUUCGCCGUCUUUGUUUUAGCCGUUGUGAUCACCUUGUGUUGCAUUUUCAAAUGUCGAAUCCCGAGGACCAAAAAGGAAAUCGAAGCGCGUCACGCGCAGCGCCAGGCCGCCAAGAAAUACGCCAACACGUUGGAGACGGUGCCACCUCUCAACGAGCUGACGGAGGUGCCGGGAUCGGCCAAAGCAGAAGACAAGAAAGACGGCGAGGAGGAGACCGUGGCCAACGUCUCGGGCAAAGUGGACGCCGGCCGAGGAGAGAGGAAGGGCAAGGGCGCCAGGGGGGAGGGGGGCGGGGACGCCAAAGCCGACGAGAAGACGCGCAAGAAGGUGGCGGCCCGCGAGGAAGGAGGCGACGGCGACGGCGGCGGCGGAGGCCAAGCCAAAGGGAGGAAAACUGCUGACAAGGGAGAGAGAGAAGCUAAAGGAGGCGGCAAGAAAGCUCCCAAGUGACUUCAUGCACGCAAAAAUGGAUUGAAAAAAAAAAAAAAAUCAAUAGAAUGGAAAGAAGUGCACUUUCCACAGAAGCCCCAGAAUAUUGCGUUCUGUCACAAUAUGAACACCGAAGCCACCAGAAGAGAGAGUGGACACUCUUCUUGGUUCUGUUUCGAGAUUUCCCCAUUGCUGAUUUCGUAAUCAGCAGCAGAACACGAUGACUGACUUUAUGUGAAAGGGAGAACAGCGACUUUGACGCUAACGUGUUUUGCUUUUGUCCCAAAAGUAGAAGACAACAAAAACAAGACGGAAAAAGGGCAAAAUCGGAAUUUUUUUACACACAAAGAAACGCGCUGUGAGCGACGCUGAUUCACCCUCUGGCUUGCGUUGAAGGUCAGAAGCUUCAUUUUUGUUUGAUUUUGUUUCAUUUGGUGUUCUUCAUCCACUCUGUGAACCACAUCAUCUUUUUUUCACGCUUUCUUCUCCCGAGCGUGACACGUCCAAGCCUACACCAACCACAUUUAUUCAAAACCGUUCCCUUUGCGGCGCUUCAACUUGUCCCGACUUCCAACGUGUUCGCGUUUCAAGCCGACGUCAGCACGCUAAGCUUUGUCUUCUUCUCCAAAGCUGUGCUCAUAUCGAAUCCAAAGCCAUGCAACGUUGCCAUCUUCAGGAAUCUGGUAGUCAUUACGGGGUAUUCCAAACUUGAAUUUCAGAGACAAGCUGGGCUUUGGAAAAACACAUUUGAGCUAAGUGAAGUACGUCGGUGGCAGAAAACGCUUGCGUUCCAGUUGACAAAUCUAUUUUAUUUUCACUUCACUUUGCUGCCUCCAUCCUUGGGUGAAAUAUCUGACAGCGACUGGAAAAGCUCUCAAGUUGGGCUACUUGUACGUCAAACUAGCGCCUACUUUCCUCUUUUUGUACGAUUAUUACCGUGCAAAUAAACCAAGUCUCAGGAAACAGUCAACUAACACGUUUAUUGUUUUCUUCACAAGCCACAUUAUGUACACUGAGCCUCGUGUCUCCAUGCCAACGGCCGCCCCCCAAGAAACAUUUUAUUUAGUUUUUUAUACUUCCUUAGAAUUUGAGCUCCCAAUGCUUAUUGGCCACCGAACACAAAUCGUGUGACGCGACACGAUCAGAGCAGAGGACGGAAUUCUAUUGAUUCCAGUAUGAAUAAUAAUGAAAAUAAAGUGCUCAAAUGUCAUGUAAUUCUCCAGAUGUUUCUGUUGCGGAACAGAAGGCCACGGCUGUGACUUUUUAAUUAAGGAAGUCUAGACGGAUGAUUUUUCUCCUGAUGAAGUCAACGGCAGAUUGCAACUGCACAACAGCUGCUCGCGGUAAAAUGGGAAAAGAUUACAAAUGAAUCAAAUUGGGAAAUGGUAAA